AUGCGCAGAGCCGUAGGCGGAAGUCGCCGGUGCUGCUGCCGUGUGCCUAUGGUCUCAGUCUGCCGUCUUUCCCAAUCAUUGCUCCUUCAAUGACCCGCUCUGACUUCUCCCUUAACCGGCAGUGCUCAGCAAGCUAAAUGCUCUCUCUGUGAUUUAGGAGGAAACAGGACCCUCUUCCUGGCUAAGAAACUUGAAGCCUGCACAUUAUUGGAGUGUGUUGGAGCAUCAUGUGGAGGAAGGCUUCAGCAGCAGCAGCCGUGCUGGCAUUAGCUGUUGGCUAUUUCUACCACGGCAGCCCGGACCUGCCAGAGCAGAUUCUGCAGUAUAUCAGCCUGCCAAACUUUCAGCCGUCCUCUCACAGCCAGAACAGCCAAAACGGCCUGGAGCAGGUGAUCUCCACUGCCUGGGAGACUCUGAUAACCCUGCCAACCAGGCAGUGGAGCAAAGUGGCAGUAGGGGUGAAUGCCUGUGUUGACGUGGUCGUCUCAGGAGUGGGACUGCUGCAGGCUCUGGCUGUGGAUCCUGGCACCGGCAUGGAUCACGAAGUCCUGCACUCCAAAGAGGACUUGAGGGAAGCCUUCAUCCAUUACAUGGGGCGUGGGGCAGCUGCCGAACGUUUCUUUAGCGACAAGGAGGUCUUUCAGAGGAUUGCACGUGCAGCAGCAGAGUACCCCAGUGCAAAGCUGUAUGUGGGAGGGAAUGCUGCCCUCAUUGGCCAGAAGCUUGCAACCUACCCUGAUCUGAUGGUCUUGUUAUGCGGGCCAGUCGGUCCUAAGCUGCAUGAGAUGCUGGAUGAGCAGAUAGUCGUUCCCCCAGAAUCCCUCCAAGAGAUGGAUGAAUUUCACCUCAUCCUGGAGUAUAAAGCGGGUGAACAGUGGGGAUCAACUCAGGCACCCCAAGCCAACCGCUUCAUCUUCUCUCACGAUGUGUCUAAUGGAGAGAUGAGCUCCCUGGAGACAUUUGUGGCGAGUCUGGACGAGUUUCAGCCGGAUCUGGUCGUCCUGUCAGGGCUCCACAUGAUGGAGGGUCAGGGCAGAGAGCUGUGGGAAGAGCGACUGAAAGAGGCUGUGUCUGCCAUUUCUGCCAUUCGUAAAGAUAUUCCCAUCCACCUGGAGCUGGCAAGCAUGACCGACAAAGACUACAUGAACAGCAUCAUGCAGGAGCAGGUUAUGCCCAUUGUCAGCUCUAUUGGGCUGAAUGAGCAGGAGCUGCUCUUCCUCUCCCAGGCCGGUCAGGGGCCUCACGCUGAGUUGGCUGCCUGGGAUGGUAUUCCAGACGUGGGCCGGGUAAGCGACAUCCUCCUCUGGAUCCUGGAACAGCAUGGCCGCAGCGACCCCUCGUCAGAAGCAGACCUGACUCGCAUUCACUUCCACACACUGGCCUACCACAUCCUGGUGACGGUGGAUGGCUACUGGGGGAACCAGGCGGCAGCAGUGAUGGCUGGAGCGCGAGUGGCCAGCAGUCAGGCCUGUGGCCUCCGGUCUGUUGACAUUAGCAAAGUGGAGCUCAAAGCCCCACUUGAGUUUCACAGCUCACACACUGAGCCACGAGAGAAGCUUUUCCUGAACCCAGCGGAGCCUGUUACUGUGUGGCACAGAGGAAAUGUCACCUUUCACAUGACACCAGUGCUGGUCUGCAAACAGCCACUUCGGACAGUAGGGCUCGGAGAUGCCAUCUCAGCAGAGGGACUAGUGUACUCAGAGUUAAAGACCCAGCAGCCCUUCUGAGGUUUGCUGGAAUCUGACACUCCAUUUGUCUGGAAAACAUUGACAGGAAGUGCUGAACAGACCCCGUGAAGUUUCAAACACAAAGCUGUGGCUGUCGGGUUGGAUUCUUGUUUCUAAACUUGGCCUGACCUCCGAGUCCUGAACCAGGUUCUGUGUCGUCCUUCCCUGAGGAAAAUCCUGCCUGAUGACUCCUCCAGCCUGCUCUGUUCUCCCUCCUCUAAUCCCCCAGCAGACACAGAAACUGAUGCAGAACUUUUCCAGAAGUGGGUCUGACCGGUCUGUGACGUGGCCUGACUAUAUGCACCGAGCCAUCAAAGCCAUCUUCACAAACUCCACGGAGUUUUGUUGGUUCACCUAAUUUACUUUGACCUGCAUACCUUCAGUAUGCUGUGCCUUGAGAAAAGAAAAGUUAUUAUUAAAUAUUUUAUUGAUAUUUCAGAGCCAAACAAACUUAAAAUGAAGCAUCACAUCAGUUACCUUUCUGAGAUAUACACACAUAAAGACGAUUGAGUCUGACUGGAAAUGGAAGACCUUCUUACCAUAUUGUAGAAACUAAGUGGUAUUCAUGAUGUUCUUUGUUUCCUCAACUUUUGGUGCAUUCAUGUCACAUAGUUACUCAGUCACUUGAAAGCUCAUUCAGACACCCACUGGUGUCUGACUUCUUGUAACUGUUAUCUAGAUAUACUUGACCUUUUUGUCGUUUGUCCCGUGACGAUAAAAGUUCUAGAGUGUGACAAAGUUUGUGUUUUCUAAGCUUUUUGCCUCAACACUCCCUCUGUAAAGUCGUUUAGAGUUUGGAAACUGCAUAGUGCAAAUAGCAGAUAUUAUAGAGUCGUUAUAAUCUUGCUCUAUGUUGUAAAUUCCUGAUGCAACGUCCGUAUAAAUUACGAAUUACAAAUGCAAACGUGGUUUUGAAGGGGAUCCUUUGUUAUGCAGUAAAGCUCAGUUUACAGUCAGAUUAUCAGGGUCACUGUACUUAUUUGUUUAUUGUUAUAGCUUUGCAUCACUUAUAAAAUGUGAUCAUGCAACAUCAUUGACUAAAAAAACCUUAAUAACUGGCCAGUGUAUCAUACUGCAAAGAAAGCUUCAGAUUCCAGCAUACAGAUAAAUUGUGCUUUUUCAUGGGUCGUUGUUUUUCAGAACUUACUUGAGAGCACCUGCAUCGUGUCAGAAGGACAGUGUCUAGCUGUCAGAACAGUCUAUUUGUAUACCUCACAUGGCCACCGAAGGCAUGCAAUAAUGGAGUCUUAAUGCAGACAUACAAAAUAAAAGCAUGUAUGUCGUCUUGUUUAGCAGAAUUAAUUCUUUGCACUAGUAGGAAGUGGCAGGUGUGCCUGCAAAGGUGAAUGUAACCUUAACUCCGAUUCCCACCCUUUAUUUUUUAGCAAGUACAAUCUAUUCAACUUUAAUCAUUUCGUUGUUUGUGUCUCAUGUUUUUAACAUUUGUAACUGUCAACAGUAAGUUUCAUCUACAUGGAGUUUGUCAUUAAAAUAUGUAUGGAGAAAAGUA